GUUUUUCCUUUUUGUUUUAUUUUAAACCGAAAUAAACAUAAAAUAAGAUGAGCGUUAUUCUUUUAAGUUCUGACAAUGAAGAGUUUGAAGUCGAAAAGGAAGUCGCACAACGCUCAGUUUUGAUCAAGAAUAUGCUUGAAGACAUUGGUGACUCAGAUGCUCCUAUUCCUCUUCCUAAUGUCAAUGCUAAAGUUUUAGCCAAGGUUAUCGAAUGGUGCACUCACCACCGAGACGAUCCUAUGACCCAAGACGACCAAGAAAGACGUACUACGGAUAUCGAUGAAUGGGAUCAAAAAUACAUGGAAGUUGAUCAAGAAACAUUAUUUGAUAUUAUCAUGGCUGCCAACUACCUUGAUAUCAAGCCCCUUUUAGAGGUUGGUUGUAAGACUGUGGCAAAUAUGAUCAAAGGCAAAACUGCAGAAGAGAUCAGAAAGACAUUCAAUAUUACCAAUGAUUUUACGCCAGAAGAAGAAGCUCAAAUCAAGAAGGAGAAUGAAUGGGCAGAAGACCGGUAAAUGGCUUUAAUAAAGUUCUAUUU